CAACCGCAUCAUCACUUCAACCAUUUCACACUACUGGAUCGGGUUCGACUACAUCACAGUCAUCCGCAUCUCAGUCGAAUAACAAUAUUCUUUCGCUGCCGACACCAAACUCUUCCGUUGGUUCAAUGCAACGAAUGCAACAAUGGCCAAUGGAUACAAGUAAUGCCAGCAUCGGUGGUCUAAGUAACUUUCCCAUGACUGGAUUAAACAUGAGCAACAUGAGCAACAUGAAUCCACAGAAUUUCUCAGGAAGAUCAACAAUGAGUCUGGGCGAACAGCAGUUAAGCCCUUUUGGAGUUGUUGACGAUUCGGCAGCCGAAUUGGGAGAUGAAUUGAUAGAUGGAUCGCUUCAAGAAUCGUCUCUAGCAUCUGGAACGACUUCGGC